AUUGGCAUUUUCGGGUGGGGCACCGCCGCGACCGCUGCGCAGUAAGUUUUCUCGCAGUGAAGUUGGAGCGCAAGUAAGAGAAGUGAGCUUUGCUGAAAGAAUCUCAGGGGAUCAAAUCAGACCAGAAUGGCAGAGCCCUCUGCCCGGCAGCUCCUGAGAAGAGCAUCGACUCUAAAAAUUGUCAAGCAAGAAGAGGUGAGCCCAGCAGAGGAGAAUUUCCACGAGCUAGAGAAUGGUGGGGAGACAGAGGUUGGGGGUGAUAGUCCUGGAGCGAUUCCACAGGACGGACACAAGUCUCAAGGCUGGGAGAAGAUAUCCAAGUCGAUUGAUCUCUCUGCAGUCCUCAACGCAGCUGCCCCUCCCUUGGAAGAAGGAGGUACGCUUGAUCUUAGUACCGAAGAUUUCAGACAGGGGAUCCCGUAUCGUUUCAAGGUCCACCUAGAGCAGCUUCCAGGCAAAACACUCGUCGUUACUUGCGACCCCACGGACGGUGCAGCGGUAAAAAUCUCGACUCACGAAAAGGAGGGCAUUGUCACGUACAUGUGUACUCUUGUUCCACUGAAACAAGGCGAAUUUACCAUCUCCACACUCUUCGGAAAGAAGCACGUGCUGGGGAGUCCGUUCAAAGUCAAGUUUGACUCGCCAGCAGAUGCGUCCCUGUGCAGCCUGAAUGAAGCCCCGGAGGCAUGUCGUACUAGUGUAGACGCCAACACACUCACAUUUUGUGUCCACACAAACCAGGAGAGGGAGGGUCUACUCACAGCCUCAGCCAAAAGCCUUACGUCGAAAGCAUCGGUCCCAGUUACAAUCUCACAGUCAGGGAAAAGCCACUACGAUGUGGAAUUCGAUGCCAAUGAUGGGAAAAAGUACCGCCUCACGAUCAAAUUCGACAAUCAACCCAUCAACGGUUCACCGUUUCUUCUUCACCUCAGUGAUGCAUCGGUGUGUACGGCUACUGGGGACGGCAUUGUUCGUGGAGUUGUUGGUCAAGAAAACCACUUCGAUGUCUCGACUAAAGGAGCCGGCCCGGGGAAACUGAAGGUUAAAGUGGAGGGUAAGUCCCAAGCCGUUGUUAUAAUCAAACCUAAAGAAGAUGACGUCUACGAUGUCACCUAUUUCCCCAAGAAAGUGGGUAGCUAUCAGAUAACGGUGCUCUGGCUGGAGGAAGAGAUACCGGGAAGCCCGUUUCUCAUUCAGUGCUACAAGCCUGUGGGAGUCACCCUCCCGAAACCUGAGAAAUCUAGUGUUUACAUGGUCGGCGAGUUGUACAAGAUUAAGAUAGAUGCCAAGGAAUCCGGAGAAGGAACCCUAGAAGCCAGUUCAGUCGAAGAGGGCGGGGCAGACGUUAAUGUUACAAGUCCAGGGAAGGGCCAGUAUCGAGUUGAAGUUUCUCCAAAAACAGUAGGAACCCUCCACGUAAGGAUUACUUGGGGAGGAGUGGAUGUGCCUGGUUCGCCAUUUCCCAUGGAGGUCAACUGCAAGCCAGAUGCAAACCAGAUUGUUGUCUCCAGUCCAGUCUAUGGGGUGGGGAGUUUGAAACCAGUUGUGCUCGAACUCAACACAGAGAAAGCCGGAGCUGGGAAGCUGAAAGCCAAGUGCAUCGGCGAAAAAAGCAAAAGCGUUGCUGUUACAGUCUCCGAGGGUCCGUCAAAGAUUCGCGAGGUUACAUUUGAGCCUACAAAGCCCGACAUUUACACGCUGUGGGUGACUUGGUCCAAAACGCAAGUCCCCGGAUCUCCAUUCACGAUAAAUCUACAUCCGUCGGAUUCUACCAGUUGUCAGCUUAUUGGCGCUCCAAUUGCCCCAGAAGAUUGGCAAGAGCCGGCUUUACUCAACAUCAACACACUCGGAGCUGGCAACGGGAAACUUGAGGUUAAGGCGGAGGGAGAAAGUAGUGGUGCUGUGGAAGGAGAACACUUGAAGAUGAGAGAAAAAGAUGGUGGGGAAAUGGAGAUAUCAUUGGUCGCCCCCGCCCCUGAUAUUUACAAGGUGUACGUGAGUUGGGGUGGGGAAGAGAUCCCAAAGAGUCCGUUUGUGCUCAAUCGCAUUACGCCAGAUGCCGAAAAGUGCUCGGUGAGCAUCUCUCGAUUCGGUCCAGCUUGGGACAACGACAUCAUUCUGUUUGUCGACGCUGCAACGGCAGGGAACGGGCAACUAGUUGCACUUGCUGUUGGCAAAACUGCAGGAGAUGUGAGCAACUGCAUUUCAGUUACACCAGACGAAAAGGAAUACGGAAAAUUCGAAGUCAAGUUCAGCCCGGAUCAACCAGACGUCUACACCUUUACCCUGGAAUGGAGCGGGAAAGUGAUUCCUGGUUUUCCAUGUCAGCUGAACCGGAUGCCGUACGCACCGGACAGAGUGACGGUGUUUGAACAGCCGCAGGGGAUCAUGAACGUCGGUCAAGACAUUGCAAUAGGGGUGGACACCUCCAGUGGUGGACCGGGAAAACUCACUGCAACCUGCUCGGCAAUGAAAGGAGGUGACAUUCCCGUUGAGAUCAAAACCAGACAAGACGAAUACAAGUUCAGGGUUUCUUUCACCCCCAGCGACGAAGACAUUUACACACUCUCCGUCUUCUUGAGUGGGCAGCACAUGUCUGGGUCGCCGUUCAAAAUCAAUCUCAUCCCAGUCGACGCUUCUAAAGUGACAGCCUCGGAGCCAAUGUUCCCCCAGGGACCUCAGGGCCCAUGUGAAGUGCUUCUGGGCACUGAAAACGCAGGCAAUGCUGAAAUCACGGCUCUGUGCAUGGGGAACAAAUCAGGUCGUGUGCCAGUCACAGUCAAGUCUGUGGGAGAAAACCAGCACAAAUUGUCCUUUACUCCACCGCAUCCUGACUUUUUCACGAUGGGGGUCAAGUACGGCGACAAGAAAAUAACCCGCUCCCCGUUCUACGUCAAUACACACCCUCCCAACGCCAAGAUGGUGACCGUUACUCCGCCUGAAACUACAAGUCUGAGGCAAACGAUCCAAUUCGCUUUCAACGGGUCAAAUGCAGGGUUUGGAGAGCUAAAAGCCACCGCAUUCGGCGACACUUGCGGAAAUAUUAAUGUCAUCACCGACAUCGACAUUGUGAAUUCGCAAUACAUAGUGAAAUUCUUCCCCGUGGAUCCUGAUAUCUACAGAGUGUGCGUCAAAUGGGGAGAAGAAGAGGUCCCUGGAAGUCCGUUCAUCAUCAAUCUCCUGCCACUCGAUGCAAGUCUAGUGGAAGCCAAAACCAUCCAUUUUCCUGACAAAGCCGGAUCCGAGUAUGCAUAUGUAACAGUUGACUGCUCAAAGGUGGGUGUGUUACCACUUGUUACUAGUGUCUUGGGUGAUGAAACUGGCCACAUUGACAGCGAGAUCGAAGAGCUACCAAACGCCUGCCAGAAUGUCAAGUUCGUUCCCCCCAGGGACGACAAGUAUUCCAUUUCAAUACUCUUCAAUGAUGAGGAUAUCCCUGGUAGCCCCUUCGUUAUGAACAUCGUCAGCCCUCAGCCGGAGAAAGUGAAGCUCAUCAGUACGUCGAUCCCCAACCAGCUCCUGCCUCUAGUGGUGCUCACGUUCAACACUUCAGAAGCCGGGCGAGGAAAAAUGGAAGCCAGCACGAGGGGUUUGAAAUCGGGAGAAGUCAAUAAUCAUGAAAUCAGCGAGAGUGUUCCGGGCACUUGGAGGGUAUCCUUCAUUCCUCCGUUCCCUGACACCUACAACAUCUCCUGUUUGUGGGCCAGGAGGGAGAUUCCUCACUCGCCAUUUCAGGUGAAUCUGGAAUCCGCCGUGGCUUCUGAGGUUGCGGUUGGAGAGAUUCACAUUCCAGCACAAGCAGGCACGGGAGAGGAGGUCUGGCUCGACUUAGACUGCACCACAGCCGGUCACGACGUUGUAAGGGGAACCUUCGAAGAUGCGUCGUCGCGGACCAACUCUCAAGAAGCUGAGGUGGUCAUACUCGGUCUGAAGAGGUACCGCUUGAAAGUUGUACCAAAGGAGCCCGGUCUCUACAGCUUCAGUGUCAGAUAUGGGAGAGAUCACGUUCAAGGCUCGCCUUUUGAGGUCGAUAUCCAGCUCUGCCUACCAGAGGGAGUUAAAGUCAAAGAGCGGAACUUCCCCCAGUACAGUGAUGGAAAACAGGGCUACAUUGUUGUAGACACAAAUGAGGCCGGGAGGGGUAGGCUCACCGCAAAACUGAACACUAAAGGAAAGCACGACAACAUACCUCUCACGUUUCAAGAAAUAGGGGGAAAACUCCACAAGAUUUUAUUCACCCCUCCAUCUCCAGAUUCAUACAGUCUGGAGAUAUUCUGGUCCGACAACCCAGUUCCAUCUUCGCGGCAGCACUUUACAGUUUUGCUUCCGAUUCGACCAGAGAGAGUCAGAUGUGGAGAACUUGUCGGGUACGGGCCUGGGCAACUUGCCAAAUUGGACGUGAGCACCCUCGAGAGCCGGUCAGGCUCCACUGACAGCCACUUGUAAGGCAGAGAGAUGCGGGGCAGUGGAUGUGAAUGUGGAGACUUUGAAAACCGAUCCAGACUCGCAUAUCGUGUAUUUCAAUCCACCGACAGAGGAUAAGUACUCCCUCCGAGUUUGCUACCAUGGGACCGAGGUCCCAGGAUCCCCGUUCUCGCUCGAUCUCAUGCUAGACCCUCUGAAAUGUUUCAUCUCGGAUGACAGUGAUCUUAGACUCCCAAUCCACAUCGACCAAGAGGUCAGAUUUAGCGUGGACACUACCAAUGGAGGACACGGACAACUGAGGGUUUCAGUCAUAGCUCCAGAUGGAAAACCAACAACCACAUACUUGAUUGUAUCGCAGCCCGAGAGUGGGCUCUAUCACGUCUCAUUCACUCCCACUACAAAGGGCCUCCACCAGAUUAACUUGGAGUGGGGACCUGGGUUUGUGCGUGGCUCACCCAUACAAUUAGACGUCCACGAACCGGCAGUGCCAAUAUACCACAAUGGGAAGCCAGUCACGAUUCAGCUAAAGAGAAUGUACGCGGCGCUGAGCGAAGUCUCGGCACUAGCUGCACACGUGGGAUCAGACACCCACUGCCACGUCACAAUCAGCCACGUCACAAAGGGAGAGUUCAUGCUUGCCUUUGAAGCCAGGGAACCUGGAAUGUACAGAGUCAACAUCCACAAAAACAACCAGGAAAUUAAGGGGAGCCCCUAUUAUAUCCGCUAUGCUCCUCCUGCUGAUCCCAAUGCAUGCAUCCUGACUGCACCAGCAACUUGCACUCAUAUCGGUGAAAUGGUAGAUUUCCAUCUGAAUGCCUCUGAAGCUGGUUUUGGUGAAAUAGCUGUACUCCCCGACAUCCCUCUCUCCGGCAUGGAGUCGACAGUCAACAUCCGAGACAAUAGAAACGGGACGUACAUCAUCCAGUAUACCCCACAGGCAAUAGGUAGACACUCUAUUCAUGUGAACUGGGCAGGUAAGCCGGUACCUGGAAGCCCGCUAUCGCUCCAAGUCAGUCGUCUGGAAAACAGUGAGGGUUUGGCAUGUCUCGUAGAGGGGCAGGAGAUGGUUUUCCAAGAGCCUCAUGCAACCGACACUCCACUGCAGUUUGUAAUCAAGACCCCUGAUGGUGGCACCGGGAAACUCUCCGUCAGUUCCCACGGACCAGCGAAACCUGAUCUGGUAGUCAAAGACAACAAAGAUCACAGUUUCACCUGCGAACUGUCGUCCUCGGAGCCGGGUAACUACUGGGUCCACGUCCUCUGGAAGAGGAAGCACAUUGAGGGGAGUCCGUUUCUUCUCACUCUCGUCCCAAAGAAAGUAACCAAACUUCUCGGUCUAAACACCGACGCCGACUCGAAACACUUGUCAACGAUCCUGAUAAAAGAGGAGGAUGAGUGUAUUUUCAACGGACCUCAGCCGGUCGGAUCGGACGUCUCAUUCCGACUAGUCACCGGAGAUGCUGGGAGAGGAGAGCUAAGCAUCAGUUGCACUGGCCCUGGAAAUGCAGAAAUUGAUAUCUACGACAAUGGAGACGGAAGUCAUUCCUGUACACUAAAGGUCACGGAGCAAGGAGAGUACAAGGUCUAUAUUCUAUGGGAGAAGAUCCACAUCAGUGGAAGCCCAUUCUCCGUGUCUUUCCUACCACCCAAAGCAGUUCAGAUACUUGGACUCAACCCCUGUUCCUCCCCUGGAUUCGCCUCUAACAUUACCAUUGCAGAAGAAGACAGGGAGCUCUUGACAAAUCCGCAACCGGUGGGCCCUCUAGAGUUAAAUAUCGUAACUUCCAAGGGUGGGAAGGGGGAGCUGUGUGUGAGUGGGGUGGGGCUGGAUGACAUUUCAGUUGAGAUGGUGGAGACGGAGAAGGAAGGCGUUCAGACUUGUCGCCUUGUACCGGCCUGCGGCGGAGAAUACCGAGUCUCAGUUUUGUGGAACAAGAUUCACAUCCCAGGGAGUCCAUUCGAUGUGGUCUUCACGAACGAAAAAGCACGGAGUGUUCUUGGAAUCGGGUUGAGCAGGAGAUCCCUUGCAAGCAACACCCUCGCCAGAGUUCAUGUCCUUCUCGCUGACAUGGAACAGUUUGAAAAGAAAUGGAAGUUAGACAGCUGUGUUCAUUUCCGCGUCUCCACCAAAAGAGCAGGAAAGGGUGUACUAACACUCAGUACUCAAGGUCCCGGAAAGCCGAAAGUCAAGAUCGUAGAAGUCAAGAACAACAU